AUGUCUUCUGAACUUGCCGACGUUGGUCUUAUCGGUUUGGCCGUUAUGGGUCAAAACUUGAUCCUUAACAUGAACGACAAAGGAUUCAAGGUCUGUGCCUACAACCGAACUACCUCAAAGGUCGAUGCUUUCCUUGCCAACGAGGCCAAAGGAACCAACAUCAUUGGAGCUCACUCUAUCCAAGAACUUACUUCCAAGCUUAAGACUCCUCGACGAAUUAUCUUACUCGUCAAAGCCGGUCAAGCCGUUGAUGACUUCAUCGCUCAACUCGAACCUCACCUUGAGAAAGGUGAUAUCAUCAUCGACGGUGGUAACUCCCACUACCCUGACUCCAUCCGACGAACCCACGAGCUCGAAGCCAAGGGUUUACUCUUCGUCGGUUCAGGUGUAUCAGGUGGUGAGGAAGGUGCUAGAAACGGUCCUUCUUUGAUGCCCGGUGGUUCCGAUGCCGCUUGGCCCCACAUCAAGGAAAUUUUCCAAAAAACCGCUGCUCAAGCUGAAGGUGAACCUUGUUGUGAUUGGGUCGGUGAAACCGGUUCAGGACAUUACGUCAAGAUGGUUCACAACGGUAUCGAAUACGGAGACAUGCAAUUGAUCGCCGAAGCUUACGAUAUCCUCAAACGAGGUCUCGACCUCGACGAGUCAGAGAUCGCCGACAUCUUCACCAAGUGGAACACCGGUGUCCUCGACUCUUUCCUCAUCGAGAUCACCCGAGAUAUCCUCAAAUUCAACGACACUGACGGUGUCCCCAUGGUCCGAAAGAUUCUCGACAAAGCCGGUCAAAAAGGUACCGGUAAAUGGACUGCCAUCGAUGCCCUCGACAACGGUAUGCCCCUCACCCUUAUCGGUGAAGCCGUCUUUGCUCGAUGUCUUUCUGCCGUUAAAGACGAGCGAGUAAGAGCAUCCAAGCUCAUCGCUGGUCCCGAGAGACAACCCUUCCAAGGUGACAAACAACAAUUCAUCGAUGACCUCGAGCAAGCUCUUUACGCUUCCAAGAUCAUUUCAUACGCUCAAGGUUUCAUGCUCAUGAGAGAAGCUGCCAAGGUCAACAGCUGGCACUUGAACAACGCCGGUAUCGCUGCCAUGUGGAGAGGUGGAUGUAUCAUUAAAUCCGUUUUCCUUUCCGACAUCACCGGUGCUUACCGAGAAAACCCCGAUCUUGAAAACUUGUUGACCGCUCCAUUCUUCUUGAAAGCUUUGGCUACCGCUCAAGCAGGUUGGAGACGAGUUAUCGCUCAAUCUACACUUUGGGGUAUCCCAAUCCCUGCUUUCACCACUGCUCUUUCAUUCUUCGAUGGUUACAGAACUGAAACUUUACCUGCAAACCUUAUUCAAGCUCAACGUGAUUUCUUCGGUGCUCACACUUUCAGAGUUGUCCCAGGAAUGGGUAACGACCACCUCAGUGAAAGUGAAGAUGUUCACGUCAGAUGGACCGCUACUUCCGGUAACGUUUCUUCUUCCACUUACAACGCUUAA